AUGAGCGAACUACAAUUCGCCAAACAGUACCUCACCACGCUCGACGCGAAGGCUACGAAGUACCAGCCAGACCAUGUCUUCGAUCCCAAGACUUUCGAGACGCGAGUACCCUACACACUGCCCAAGUUCCCACAUCCACCAUACCCAGAGCCACCCAAGACCUCUACUGCAGCAGAGCCCGCACCAGGCUCAACUCGCACCACCGACACAGAGCAGGCCUCUAUCAACCUCACGCUGAAGUCGAGCCGCAACCCGAACAUGACCUUGACGCUCUCUUCCCUUUCCUCCAGUACACCAAUCUCAGAGAUCAAGUCCUCUAUACAGAAGCACCUAGGCGGGCCCUCUGUCCUGCCAGACGUGUCCAAGAUCAAGAUACUACAUAACAAGAAGCCUAUACCGAGCUCUAAAGUCACAUUAGGCGAUGCAUUUGCGGGUACGGAAACGGAAGGGCAGAGUGAUGUGACGCUCAGUGUUAUGGUCAUGGGCGGAGCACCGGAUCCGCCUCCUCAGGGUGCGGCUACAGAGACUCCGUCAGCGGCGCCGGCGACAUCGUCCGGUCCAGAGUCUGAGAAGGCUGCUGUAGAGGCCGCUACUGGAGGCUCGCAAACGGAUGAGCUCGACGAUGGAUUUUGGUCGGACCUGGAGUCGUUCCUGGAACAAAGGCUCAAGUCUCCUGGGAAGGCGAAGACUCUAGCAAGAACAUUUCGGGCUGCCAGCUCAGCGACAUGA